UUUUUUUUUUUUUUCUCUCUUUUAUUUUUAUCACUAUUAUUCUAUUAUUAUUAUUGCUAUUUUUGAUAUAUCCAUAAAGAAAUAAGAAUGGCAGCUGUUCACUCUUCUAAUGGAACUAUCCCUUUUAUAGACGAACCUCAAGAACAAUUCAUUCACUUGUUGAAAGAAAUUACUAAUUUACAAUGGGUGCGCGAAUCUUUACCAGUUCAAUCAAAAUACUAUGAUGGUCUCAAACAAAGACAUGAACGAGAAGUUCAUAUGCAAAGUUUAUUACAAAAACAAAUAAUACCGCAAGAAGCAGGAUGCUUCUUCUACUCUCAUGAUGUUAAGGCGAAACUCCACUUCUUCCAAUAAUGACACAAAGAACGAACCUUCCUAUACUGAUUUGGUUGAACGAUUACGACGUUGUGAAGUAAAACUGGAAGACAUUAAAAAACAAAUGAAUUCUGCAGAAACUAUGCUUCAAGACUUGUAUGCAAAUAAGAAUACUCUGGAUACCCACUGCUCAAGCUUACAUACCUUAUAUGACCAGAUUGUCCCUGCAUCACCGAAUGAUCCAUCUCAUAUUAUUGAACAACAUCUUAAAAACGAAGUACUACAGUUGGCUUACGACAUUCCAAGAAUUGAAAACGAUAUCAAGUCAUAUUCAAAAGCCCAGAAGAAACUCUACGAAUCAAGGGAAUUAAUGGAAAAGGCCAUGAUGACUUUACCUGGAGCAUCUACUUUUCUGGAUAGGCAAGCAUUAGCUGGUCAUGGUGCUUCAGGUCAUCACUCUUUAUUUGUCAAGUCAUCUGUUUUAUCUACCAUGGUGGAUAUUACUGUUCCAUCUUUGAAAGAUGCAGAAAAACUAGCUUCAGAAGCUUAUGAAUUGGAACUUCAAGCAUCCAACUUGUGUAAAGAUGUCCCUUUGAUUCCGAGCUCAACCUUUAGUAGAGAUGACAAUGUGGUUAAUGUAUUGACAGCUUAUCGCGGUUACAGAUUGAAAAUAGAAACUAUUUUACGCACUCAACUCAACCCACGAUUGAACAAACUACAAGGCCAACUUGCUAUGACCAAAUAUCAUCAUGAACAAAAAUCGAUUGAAUGGAUUGAUCAACAAAUUAUCGUGUUAGAGGAUUUACUUCGACAAAAUGGAUGUUUGGAAAAUAUCAACUUGGAUCGUGAAAUAUCAAUGUUACGAAUGGGAUCUAAUGCAGCAAUCAUGGCAGCAGCAGCAGAAACAAGUGGACGGGUCACAGUGGAUGAUGCAUUAGAAGUGACGCCAUCGAAUGUAGCCAAUGUGGAAAGAAAUGGAGUUUUACCGGAAUAUUCUGCAAAUGCUCGUGGAAAUGGUAUGGUACAUCCUUCUUUACCGCCCUUAUCAUCUUCAUCUACUACUUCUUCUAUGAACAACUUUACCAGCAUAACCUCUAGUACUUCCAAUAUGUUAUUGUCACCUUCGUCACCUACCAGUGUCUCACCAACAAUACUCAAUGAUACCUCUAUACCAUCACCAAGAUCUUCUUUAGAUGAUUCACCACCAACUUCAAGUGAACCUGCAGCCCCUCAUUUGCCAGCUUAUUCUCAACAAAUAUUGGAACAACAACAACAACAAGAACAUCAUGAUCAUCAACAUGAAUAUAGUGGUUCGGAAGCACCGCCUGCCUAUUUUAGAUAGUUAGAUACACAAUGCAAGAUAGAUAGUUUAG